UAAGGACUGGAAACGUGAAUUCGCAAGUCGCAUAAUGUGAUUACAAAUGCCCUUAUAGCCGGAUUUAGUCAAUGCACUUUGCAUGUCGUAUUCAGCAGUUACGAUUUACAAGUCGAAUUCAUUAGAAUGCGUUUUAUAAGCUAAAGCAACUUCUGUAUUUGCUGCAUACUACCACGGACCUAGGCCAGUACUGUUUUCCAGCAAAGAGUAUGGCUAGAGGCGGGAAGAAGGCAGCAGCAGCAGCAGCAAAUGUAGAAGCCAACCCAGAUAUGGUGGAGAAAAAGAGGUUGAAGAAACUGGCAAUUUCAAAGCAAAUGCUCUCAGAAAAUCCUUCAAGGGUCAGGACUAGUGCUUUGAGCCCAUCAAAAACAGUAAUUAAACACCACGGCAAAGACAUCUUGCGCAAGUCUCAACGAAAGAACCGUUUCCUCUUCUCUUUUCCCGGUUUACUUGCUCCUGUUUCCGGAGGUAAAAUUGGCGAGCUCAAAGACCUUGGUACCAAAAACCCUAUUCUUUACCUCGACUUUCCUCAGGGCCAAAUGAAGUUGUUUGGGACAAUUGUAUAUCCAGAGAAUAGGUAUUUGACUUUGCAGUUCUCAAGAGGUGGGAAGAAUGUAGUGUGCGAAGAUUACUUUGACAAUAUGAUUGUGUUUUCAGAUGCAUGGUGGAUAGGGAGGAAAGACGAGAAUCCAGAAGAAGCACGGCUUGAGUUUCCAAAGGAGCUGAAUGUGCAAGAGAAAUUGGAGUGUGAUUUCAAAGGCGGUGCAGGUGCUACAAGCGUUAAAAAACGAAGCAGUGGCGAAUGUGAGGUCAAGCAUGUGGAACAACUGUCUCCUGAACACGAACAGGAGGAGAAUAUAUCAGAAAGUCAAAAUGAUUCAAAAGAACUUGUUGAGUUAACUCCAACUCGUCGUUCAGCAAGGGCAGCAGGGAAAAAAAUCAAUUUUGCAGAAGCUUCUUCGGGGGAUGAUUUGACUGACAAUGGAGCUGAAACUUCUGAAGACGAAGAAAAAAGUGGUAUGGAUCAUUCAACAAAAAAUUUCUGUGACAUUCCUUUUGAUGAUACUGUAGCACGAGGUCAAGUUGCUGAAAGAGUUAGAGCUGCUGCUGAAUCUGCUUCCAAGUCUAAGGAAUCCUCCCGUACUAAGCAAAAUUCUCUUGUUCAGGCUACUAUUUCCACAUUGUUUAAGAAAGUGGACAAGGUUGUCAGUCCAGCUAGAGUUUCCCAAAGAAAAACAACAAAAUCAACAAACAAAGGGACAUCCAGCACAGGAUGUGGUUCGACCGUGUCUGAUCAUGUUGGUACUUCUCAGGGUGAAGAUGACAUUGAAGAAUUCUCUAGUUCAUCAAAGGAUGCAGACGAAGCUAGCGAUGAAGAUUGGGCUGCUUGAGUUAUUAUAUUUUAUAAUUCGAUAGAAUGAUGGCAACUGUUCUCAAUGGUUCUGCAAUUGCUCUCGUGGGCGAACCUUGCUAUAGAUGUCAUGAAUACAAAAGGCAAACAAAAGUGUUGUCAUCUUUUGUUUGUUUCAUUUCUACUUAAGUUACAUGUACACACACAUUCAUGAAGUCUUUGGCUGUAGAGUGACACUUGAAUUUCCAUACGGGAACAUAUGUAACAUUAAAGUUUUAGUUCCAAAAUGCAAGGUCUGGCCGUUGCUUGUGAGAGAAAUUUCUCGUA